AUGGGCAGCCCGUACAUGGACAUGCCGUACCUUACACACCACGGCACCACCUUCGGUGGAGGCAGCAUGACCGGCGCUCACGUGGGAAGCCCCGUUGGGCAGCACCCUCAUGCCUUGGACUUCGCCAGAGGCCAGCACUUCCCCCCCCCCCCUCCCGGAAGCUUCGUUGUUGGCGGCAUGGGCCAGUACGGUGGCGCGGGCGGGCAGGGAGGCGUAUUCGGCGGCAGCGUCGCUGGCGGCAUGGGGUUCGCAGCUGGAGGAGGGGGUUUCCACCACCCCGGUUUUGGGCCGGGAUAUGGGAGUUUCUCCAACGGCGGCGGUCACGCAGAGAUGCCCGUGUUCGGCGGGCCGGGUGUCCCAGGACCGGGACACCUUCCAUAUGGAUGGUCCCAUGCUGGCGGCAAUGCGCCAGCACUGACUUGGCAGACCGGCGUCGCGGGGUCACCCUCCUUACCGGUACCCAAGGCCGAGCCCGGCCACGAGCAGGCACUUGCCCCCGUCCUGCCGCACACGCCCGCGGCAAAGUCCACCCACGCGCCGACCACCGUAGAAGUACCUAAGGCCGAGCCCGGUAAAGAGCAGGCACCCGCCCCCGUCCUGCCGCACACGCCCGCGGCAGAGUCCAUCCAUGCGCCGACAGGAGACACUAAUCCUCCCGCAGAGACCCCCGCGAUAUCGGCGCAGGUGCAGCUGUGUAGGCAGCUUACAGGUGUGGCUAGCCCGACGGUCGGGCGCAUGCGCAAGACCCUGGGCGAGUUCGCCAACCUGCACGAUAUGAUCGGGAGAAAACGACAAUGGCAAAGGUUUCUCAGGGAUGUGGUGGCGGCCGAUGGCUGGUCGAAGACCAGCGAGAACAGCGACCGUGGAGGGGAGAACGUGCAUAAGCCGACAUCACGACCCAACCUCAACUUCAGAAUGCCAACGCGAAUAAUACGCGCCGAGGUCGCAAGCAAAUGGUAUGAGGAGCAUUGA